AUGCCACGGUUCAGUAUCCACGUAAUGGAUCCGGUCAAGGUCAGCGACUCGCUCAAGUCGUACAUAGCGUACAAGGUGAAGACGCAGAGCAGCGCGGCGAUGUUCCGCGAGAGCGAGAUGAUCGUGCGGCGGCGGUAUCGGGACUUUGACUGGCUGACGCAGGAGCUGGCGGCUCGGCACCCGGGCAUCAUCGUACCGGCGAUCCCGGAGAAGCAGUCUAUGGGGCGGUUCGAGGACGAGUUUGUCGAGUCGCGGCGGGCGGGGCUCGAGAGCUGUCUGGUGCGCAUUGCUGAGCACCCGGUUCUGUGGUGCGAUGACGCGUUCCGGCUGUUCCUCGAGGCCGACGACUUUGCGUCCAAGGCACGAGCAAUCACAGAGCUGCGGAUAGCGUCGGAGAUCAACGGAACCAGCACGUCGCUGGGCAGCAGUAGCAGCGGGAGUGGGCUGUUUGGCGAUGGGUGGGGCGGCGCCAAGUACAAGGAGAAGGACGAGUGGUUCAUGCGACGCAUGCAGGAGCUGGAUGCGGUAGAGCAGGAGCUGCGGGCGCUGCUGCGGGCGCUGGAGUACGGGCAGCGCCAGCGCCGCGAGCUGUCGAUAGCCCAUGGCGAGCUGGGUGAGGCGUACCUGAAGAUGGCUGGGCAGGAGCUGAACAAGACGCUGUCGAACUGCCUGACCGACAUGGGGUCGCUGCAGCAAAAGCUCAAGGUGCUGCAGAGCCGCCAGGGCGUGGCCGACUUUGCCGCGUUCCAGCUCACAACCGACGAAUACAUCCGCAUGAUUGGUGCUGUGCGCAUGGCCUUUGCUGCGCGUGGCCGUGCAUACACGCGGUGGCAGAACAGCUUGGCUGAUCUUAUCAAGCGGCGCAAGGUGCUGGAGGGGUAUGUGCAGCACCAGGGCCGGGCGUCGCCCGAGCGCCUGCUCCAGACCAAGGGCGAGAUUGCGCGCGCCGAGAUUCGCACCGAGGGCGACCGCAAUGCCUUUGAUGACGUGUCCAAGCUGGUGAAGCAGGAGAUGGUGCGCUUUGACCUCAACCGCGUCCGCGACUUCCAGGCCGCCGUGGAGACAUAUCUGACGUCGCUGAUUGACACGCAGGAAGAGGUGGUGAUGCUGUGGGAGGCGUAUCUGACAUCGCUGCGCAACACAGGCUACCCGCCGUCGUCCAGCGAGACCGGCGGUCCAUCGAUGUAG